GACGACGACGAUGGCGAUCAAGGGCCGGAAAGCUAACAAAAACCCUCCUAUUCUGAGCCACGAAUUCGUCAUACAGAAUCAUGCAGAUAUUGUCUCAUGCGUGGCGAUGGUGUUCGUGUUGGGCUUGAUGUUCCAGGCAACAGCACCUUUGGCAUCUGUCUUCAUUGCAGUCCAACACAAUGCAACUGACAUGGAAACCACUGAAACUCCAAUGACAUACACCUAUGGCAACAAGGACUUGGCUGCAGUGUUCUUCUACUCCCUGAUAUCCAUUGUGAUGCAUGCCAUUAUUCAGGAAUAUGUGCUUGAUAAAGUGAACCGCAGAUUACACCUCAGCAAAACUAAGCAUAGCAAAUUCAACGAAUCUGGACAACUGCUCAUCUUCACAGCGGUUUCAGCUGCCUGGGGAAUCAACAUUCUUGUUAAGGACAACUUGGUGUCAGAUAUUACAUCUCUAUGGGCAGAUUACCCAGUUGGUCAUGCCCAAAUGUCAUUCAUGCUCAAAUUCUUCUUCAUUAUCCAGAUGUCUUAUUGGCUACAUUGUUAUCCUGAACUCUACUUCCAGAAGACCAAGCGUGAAGACAUGCCAGACAGAAUUCAGCACGCUACAUUAUACUUGGUAUUUUGUGCUGCUGCAUAUGUGCUGAACUUCACACAUGUAGGGCUUGUUCUCCUGACCCUGAGAUUCAUUGAAGAAGCUGUCCUCCAUGCCUGCCGCCUUCUUUACUUUGCUGAGAAGACCAACAUUGCCAAUACAGGCUUCCGUGUCUGGAAUGUGCUGUUUUUUUUGGGGGGUUGUGCCGUUUCCUUGCAAGCAUAUUGUAUGGCCACUGACUUCCAUUGGUGUGUAGCCAUCAAGAGGGACCAGACUCUGGACAUCAGCAGUGGAAAUUUCAAUACUUCCCCUAUUAGACUUAAUGCUUUGGUGGCAGUGUGUCUUAUCCAGGCAUGGAUGAUGUGGAACUUCAUCCACUUCCACCUGCGUCAGAUGCGAGAGCGCCAGGCACUUGCUCAGGUGACCCGCAAGAGGGUCACUGAGAGGAAGUCAAAGAGGAACAAGAAGGAUGACUCAAAACGCUAUUCUGAGGAGGAAGUCAAUGAGUUGCCGGAAGUGGACCAGCAGACACGCAAGAGGAAGUGAAGAGGAGGAGGAUGAAGAAAAAAAGAGCAAUAGAUCUGCGAGUGUCGGAAAACAUGGAAACAAUAUUCAGAUGGAAGCCUGAUUUAUGAGGUUUCAGAUACUUGCUUGUACACAAACUGUUCACAAAUUUUUUCCACCUUCAGUUCAAGCUUGUUGCUUCAAAAUAAUUUUGUACAUCUUGUAUUUAAACUAAGCUCUCUUACUCCAAAUCUUCUAUAUUUAAGUAUUUGCAUCCUAUAUAUUAUGUGCUCCUAUAAUUAAUUGAAUUAAAUUCUUAAAUAUAUUUAUUUAAGCAGAGGUAAUAGUGCAGGGAGCAAAAUGCUGUGCUUAUGACGACCCAUUGUAAUUAGUCAUUUAGGGUGAAAAGCAGUUUGGAUAAAUGUUAUAUGGAGGAUUUAUUUUAAGGGUUACAGAAUUGAAGGAGAUUUGUAAUUAUUAUAAGUCUUCAUAUUUAUAUCUUUUAUAGAUGUAUUUAAUACAUUUCCUUUCAAAGUAGUGCCCUAAAACUUAGAUGGCGGCAAUAAGAGGUUGUGAAAAUGCUAGAGAAUUCUCAUUCAAAUUCUUUCCUGUGUAGAACCUACGCAAUUGGAGUUUCUGUGAAACUUCACUAGUAGCUGGUGAACUUUGUACAACAAUCGAAUCUCGCCUGAGGCCACUGAGAAACAUCGCACAAUGUGCCUGCCAGUCUAAGUAUGUUAGUCAACCAUUCCAUUUUUAGCCUAGAAAUGCUGUUCUACAUAGUCAACUGAAUUUUCUGCAGCUUAGAAAAGUUGAAUAAAUAUGCACAUCACCACCUAC